UGUGUGUGUGUGUGAGAGAGAGAGAGAGAGAGAGAGAUGUUGAAGGGGAAGCUUACAGGUGAUGCGAUAUGGAACAAGCUACCAAGUGUGCGAGAGCUGGCUAAGAGGCCGCUGAAUUCCAUCCCGGACAGAUACCUGCAUCCUCAACAAGAUCCUCCAUUUCUAUUCAAUUCGUCUUCUUCAAGCAUGCCUCAAAUCCCGGUUAUCGACUUGCAGAGCCUUUUUUCAGUAGAUUCCAUGGCUUCCGAGCUACACAAGCUCCACUCAGCGUGCAAAGAUUGGGGUUUCUUUCAGGUGAUCAAUCAUGGAGUCAGCUCUGAGUUGCUGGAGAAGUUGAAGGUAGAGAUUCAAGGACUGUUUGAACUCCCAUUGGAAGAGAAGCAGAAGUAUUGGCAAAAGGCAGGAGGAAUAGAGGGAUUCGGGCAGAUCUCUGUUGUAUCAGAGGAGCAGAAGCUUGAGUGGGCAGACCUCUUCUACUUGGUGACCUUUCCAAACUAUUUGAGAAAUCCAGAACUGUUUCCCAUCCUGCCUCCAUCAUUUAGGGAAACUGUAGAACAAUAUUCAGUAGAAGUGAAAAAACUUGCCACGUCGCUAUUUCAGCUGAUGGCAAAGGCACUGAAAAUGGAAGACGAACUGAUGGAGGAGCUGUUUGGGGAGGGAAUCCAGUCGAUGAGGAUGAACUACUAUCCGCCAUUCCCCAAACCAGAGCAGGUCGUUGGCCUCUCCUCCCACUCCGACGCCGGCGCCCUCACUGUCCUCUACCACCUCAACGAAGUCGAAGGCCUCCAGAUCAAGAAGAACGACAUCUGGCUUCCGGUUAGGCCAAUCCCCGACGCAUUCACCAUCAACAUCGGAGACGUCUUGGAGAUUGUUACCAAUGGAACGUACAAGAGCAUCGAGCACAGGGGGGUGAUUAACGCCGAGAAGGAGAGGCUCUCCAUCGCCACAUUUCACGGCCCGAACAUGGACGGAGAAUUCGGACCGGCGGCAAGCCUCGUCACUCCUCAGACUCCGGCACUGUUCCAAAGAGUCGGCGUCAAAGAUUACUACCAGAAAUUUCUCACCAACAAACUCGACCAAAAAUCGAACGUUGAUCGUUGGAAGAUUAAUCACAUUCCCGACGAUUGGAAUGAUUGACCCUGCCUGCAUCAGUCUGCUUCUCCAUGUCCGCUUGUACCAGUUCGAAUUCGAAGUAGUAGUGGCCCCGUUUAUUGCAGCUUAAUUAAAGAAAUUAUAUUUUAUAGUUUCUUAUAUUAUAGUUUCUAAAAUUUAGAAUAAGUUGUAAACCUGUUUGCUGCAACUUCUUAGAAGUUGUAGUUAAGUAGUUGUGGUGUUUGAUACCAUAAGCUGUAAAAUAACUUAUUUUUGUAUAA